CCCUGUUCAAAGGCCAAGACUGAAGGCAAAACUGAACCAAGCCAUACAUAGACUGACAUUUUGGAGUCUUGGGUCCUCAACCCAAACCUGUCCCUGACUAUGGCCAAGAGUAAAAACCGACCGGCAUGCUUGUCUGCCCGUGACCGGGCGUCUUUCGCGUUCCCCACCAUUAAAGACCGUGUGCCCAUUAUAGUGUGUAAAAUCAUAGAUCUGCUCUAUCGACAUCGCAGUGUUUACCCGGACACGGAUUCCAUCAAACAAGCCAUUGAACUCAUGUCCAAAUUGAGGUACGAGAUUGCCACCGACAAACCCUUCUCCAAUAUUGAGGAUGGACGUGAAGAUUGUUCCGUUUGGAAUGAGUACAAGGACAAGAUGGGCGUCCGAACAGAUCAAGGGGAACUUCUCGCGCCCUCUUGGUUCCAAACUUCGUGGUUAUACGCGGAAUGUUACGCCUAUCGGCGGCUUUGGGAGGCCAUGGGAUCCACCACCAACCCAAAAUACCGAUCCCUGGACUUUUUCGAGAUCCAAAAACAAGAGAGCUUUUGCGGAUCUUGGACGUCCAUCAAGGCCUUAAUCCAGACUGUGGAGGGCAUCCACAAGUCCAAUCCUAAGGACUCUGGGUCCAUGGCCAAGAACUUCCUCAAUUUGUUAAAAGUCAGUCUUUGGGGCAAUAAAUGCGACUUGUCCAUUAGUUCUGGGGUGGCCACCUCCUUCCAGGGCGACCCCACUCUUCAAGUGGGUGCCCUGCAGCCCAAUCUGAUUGUAGACCACUCCCGAGCCGUGUGGGAUCACUUGAGUGCCAAUCAAGGGGGGAUUGUGGACAUCAUCCUAGACAAUGUGGGCUUUGAGCUCGUGUCGGACUUGGCUUUGGCGGAUUACCUUGUCUCCACUGGGUUGGCUAAGAAAGUGAGGAUCCGGGCCAAGAAUCAGCCGUGGUUUGUCUCAGACGCAAUGGCCCAUGACAUCAAGUGGACCAUAAAUGCCAUGGAAACUGGUGGGGACAUUGCUCAAAAUGAGGAGAAGACAACAGAAGGCAAAGUCAAGGCCACGGAUUCCACAGCUCUCAGGUGGAGACAGUUCCUCGAAUCCGGCCUCUGGGAGGUCUCAGAGGAUAAUUUCUGGACAUAUCCCCACUUCUAUGGAGAAAUGAAGGAAAAGGACCCAACGCUUUAUCAAAGUCUGUCAGAGGCUCAACUACUCAUCUUCAAAGGGGAUCUUAACUACCGGAAAUUGGUUGGAGAUCUGAAUUGGGAUCCAACGACGUCCUUUGAAGAAUCUCUUCUGGGAUUCCACCCUGCGCCUCUAGUCACACUUAGAACCCUGAAAGCCGAUGUUGUCACGUCCUUGGAUGCUGGCCAAGCUGAAGAACUGACCUUAAAGGAUCCCAAAUGGAUGAUCAACGGAAGUUGGGCUGUGAUCAAAUUUUGUUCCAGAAUCGAUCUGAUUUGAACCCUAUUAAUGUUUUGAAAUAAAUGAUGGCACUUUUUA